AUGGAGGAAAAUGUUGCCAAUGGACAUGAUGUCGUGAUAUAUAAGAGGAGAGAUAAGCCAAAAUGCUCCUGCUCAAUGGAGGUGGUCAAUACAGAACCUAAAGGGUCCCACUGGACAGAGACUGAACUGCACCAGUUAAUGGGGCAGCCCACUCAAGAAAAACAGAGGAAGGACAACCAGGUCUUCAUCCCUGCCUCGGCCUAUCCCAGCUCUUCAACAAUGCAGGCUUCACAGGCCUCUGCUGCCCUAGUCCCUAACAAUAAUACAUUCCUGCCACUGCAUCAUGGGAAGGAGGAACAGCCACAUAGGCCAGAGGAUGAGGUGCCUCAGUACGAUGUCACGCUAAUGGAAGAGAAGCUUCAACCAAUAGAACAGCAGCUUCAAUACCUUCUGAAGAAAGCAGAGGAGUUCCAGACACACCUUGUCUACAGUAGAGACCGAAUCCACAAUGAAGAGUUUGCCAGGGCCGUGCCAAUCUUUGUGAAAACGUGCCAGCCGUACUUUGCCUACCUGGAAUCCACAGCACGCAGCAUCCAUUCUGACCGGAAACCUCUCCCUGAGUAUAUCCAGAAACGGCUUUUGCAGUUCUCCCAGCAUCUGGCCUCGAACCUGGAACAGCUGGUACUCAUGUACGCAUCCUUCGGUUUCAUCUCCCUGGAGGAGACAGACCCCUGCAGUAUCUGCUACUUCUACAGAGGAGAAUUCCGCCUCGGACACUGGUUUCGCGUUUCCACCUUCCGAUACUGUAUGCCUGUACCUUACACAGCAGCAAAGGAACCAGCCCUGCUGUUCAAGAAAAUCCGGUGGAAUGUGGAUAUCAGUGAAGGAACAUCGUUUGGGGAUGCAACAGAGCCAUGUACAGAAUAUUACUUCCUGUGCUUCAAGGAGGCGAAUCAAGUAAUGGACAACAGUCAGCCUGGCCCCAAAAGUACACCUUCUGCUGCCAAAAGCAGACGCCUCUGGUCAAUCGGUCGCUGGAUUCAAGUAGAACCAUCUCCAGGGGAGCCAGAUCUUCUUUGCUGGUUUCUAUACAAGCAGCCUCGUGGUGAUUAUGAGCUCCUCAUCACCAUUGGGUUCGAGGAGCCCUCUCAGAUUGCUGCUACAGAUCUCCUGGUGGACAUUCUCCUGCGUCAGAGAUCAGCUGACCUCUCAGGGACGUUCCAGUCCAAAUCAAAACCCUUCUCUUACCUGGACGUCCAGAGUCACCCAGACCUCCCAGUGUCAUCCUGCCAGGUGGUUUCAGCUGGGCUUUAA